GCGUCCCGCCUUGGCGAAGGGGCUUCUGGGAAUUGUAGUCCCAGGCGGAGCAAGGGGAAGAUGGCGGUGCCCAAGGCCGUGGUGGCGCUGACGAACGUGAAGAGCGUUAUGGUCCGGUUCUGCCCUUUCCAGACCAACGUGGAAACCACGCGAAUAUUUCUUCAACAUGUUAACAGUAAAAAAGCUCGUGCCUCCAAUACCAACUGUGUAGUGACAACAGAUGUAAGACAUGAUGGAUCUGAACCAGUUGUAGACAUCAUGUUUGCUGAUGGAGACAGAUUGAUAAUGAAAGGAGCCAACUUGACAGCAGCAGAAAUGUUAUCAGCUUUCAACUCCAGAUGCAUAGCAAAAGACCUUAAGGCAGAAGAGAAAACCAAGAAAAAGGGUGCUUGAAGAUCAAAGGAACAAUUAUGUUUAAAAUUGUUUAGGCAUGUGAAAAGCAGCGAGCAGUUUUUGUCAUCAUAACUACAUAGGAAACUUCACUAAUAACUGACAUGAAAUCUUAAAAAGAGACAUGGACAAAAUGCUGGCCAAUUCAACAUACAUAUAAAUAUCAAUUCAUAUAAAUAUAUAUUUUUCCUAAGGAAAGUAUAAUGGAGAAGCUAAAAUCGUUAACUCUGGCAGGGUCGGCAAGUCUAGUAUGCACAAAUAAAUUCCUCUAGCCAUAUACACAAAUCAUCAGUCUCUUGACUAUGCACACACUGGAUCAAUGCCAUGCCUAUUUGUAUAUUAAUAUGAAUAAUGAAGAUGAGCCUAAUAAAUUUGUUUCAAAUGGAAAAA